CUGUGGGUCCAUCCUGCUGUGGGGAUGGGGUGGCACGUCCAGCCUGUGGUCAGCAGGCGGCCACGGGGGAAGGAGAGGGAGAUAAGAUGUCCUGUGUCCUGAGCAGCCUGUUAAGUGACUCACAGGGCUCUUUCCUCGAAGGCCACACCUCACUGCAGACUGACCCCUGCCCGGCCAGCCCGGCCCCCUGGACCCCCCAUCCCAUGGCCCCUCGGGAAUGGCCGGGGAGGGGCUGCGGGCAGGGGAUAAAAGGCCCAGAGGGGUCUGGGCUCAGCUACGGGGUCUGUGCCCUCCUGCAGCCCAGCAGAGCCGCCACCAUGGUGCACUGGUCAGCAGAGGAGAAGCAGCUCAUCAGCAGCGUCUGGGGCAAGGUCAACGUGGAGGAAUGUGGGGCCGAGGCCCUGGCCAGGCUGCUGAUCGUCUACCCCUGGACCCAGAGGUUCUUUGACAACUUCGGGAACCUCUCCAGCCCCACGGCCAUCAUCGGCAACCCCAAGGUCCGUGCCCACGGCAAGAAGGUGCUCACCUCCUUCGGGGAGGCCAUCAAGAACCUGGAGAACCUCAAGGCAACCUACUCCAAGCUGUCAGAGCUGCACUGUGACAAACUGCACGUGGACCCCGAGAACUUCAGGCUCCUGGGUGACAUCCUGAUCAUCGUCCUGGCCGCCCACUUCGGCAAGGACUUCGGCCCCUCCUGCCAGGCCACCUGGCAGAAGCUGGUGGGGGUGGUGGCCCACGCCCUGGCCCACAAGUACCACUAAACCCUCGGGACACGAGCAGCUGUGUCUGUACCGGGCAAUAAACCCCACAUCUUCUG